AUAAGUGAACCAUGGCAUGUGCUGAUUUGGCAAGAAGCUGAUAUUGAGGCAGUCACAGCAGAUUGUUCCACAGCGCCCGGCUAAGCAGUUGCAAGAUGGAGACCAGUAAGGAACUGCCUUGGGUACUGGUGGAGGAAAUAGGAGGAUCCUAUGGUGUCAUGGAAGAGCAUCUGGACUACUUGAAGGAGCGAUUUACAUUGAUCACUAUGAAAGAGUUAAAGGAGAAGAAGGAACAGGUAGCAGAAAAGAUAGUAUGCAUCUUUAAUUGGGCAAACAAGCCUGAUGUUAACAGAGAACUCUUGCAAUGUCUUCCCCGACUGAAAGUGAUUGCAAGUGCAGGAGCAGGAGUUGAUCAUUUAGACCUAAAGAUGAUAUCCAGCUUUGGGGUGAAAGCAGCCAACACGCCUAACGCUGUGACCGAUUCUACAGCCGACUUGGCCAUGACACUGCUUCUUGUGUCCGCCAGGAGUUUUCUGGAAGGUUGCAAGAUUGCAGUGUCUCCAGAAACUGAUCAUUUCAAGGCUAACUGGGUAUCAAUAGGGGAUAUAACAGGGGCCACUCUUGGCAUUGUUGGAAUGGGAAGGAUUGGAUAUAAAAUUGCACAAAGAGCAAAGCCAUUUGGAAUGAAGAUUUUGUAUCACAACAGACAUCAAAGGCCGGAAGAGGAAAUGUCAGUUGGGGCCACAUACUGUGAAAAUCUGGCAGAUUUGCUCCAGCAAUCAGAUUAUGUAAUGCUGGUUGUGAACCUAAGUCCACAGACAGAAAAACUGAUUGGGAGAAGAGAAUUUAAACUAAUGAAGCCCUCAGCAACUUUGAUUAAUGUUAGCAGAGGUCCAGUCGUUGAUCAGGAUGCUUUGGUGGACGCUUUAAAAGAGGGAGAAAUUAAAGCUGCUGCGCUAGAUGUUACAUAUCCAGAACCCUUGCCUAGAAAUCAUCUACUAUUAAAACUGAGCAAUGUUAUUAUAACACCACACAUGGGCAGCGCAACUCACAAAAUCAGACGCAUCAUGAUGGAAGACAUGGUUCAAAGUUUGAUCGAUGGUAUAAAUGGCCUUCCUGUGUCCAAUGAAGUUUCUGCCAAGUGACAUGAAGGAUCCUUUCGACAGUCUCUUACAUAUAUCUUCCUUUCUGCACUCCACCAUCUAAACAUGA